AUGCAGUUCACGGAGCUGAGCGAGCUGAACCACGUGGUGGGGCUCAUGCGCCUGGCGGCGUGCAACAGCCCGACGUUCCACGACCGGCAGGACUCGGAGGUGGACCGCAUCUACAACUCGUCGCCCAAGAUGGAGUCGCAGCUGCGCAACUCGUGGAUCGACAAGAUGACGGCCUUCAAGCCGCUGGCGUCGACCUCCGGCUCGUCCUCGUCGGCGGGGAAGAAGUCGCCCAAGGGCCUGCGCAAGGGCAGCAGCGCCAGCAUCUCGGCGGCCAACGGAGGCGCCAAGGCCGGGGACGACGCCGUCAAGACGCGCGACACGCGCGAGAAGAGCGUGGCCUCCAGCGCCGCUGCAUCACGGCGCCGCACGUCGACCCAAGCAGGUCGCGACAAGAAGAGCAGCGCUGCAGCAAGUGUCAAGAACGGGGACAAGGAGGACAGUGCUGCAGCAGGUGAGAAGAAGCAGCCGGGAGACGGCUUCACCUUCGAGAGGGAGGACGUGGAGCCCAUCUCGUUCCACGAGUCGUCGCUGCUGGACAAGGCGCUCAAGGGCCCGGCGGCUGCGGCCAUGGGCACCAGGCCGCAGAUGAUGGGGGCGGACGGAGGAGCCGUGCUGCACCUGACCAUCUACUUGCCCACGAGGGACGAGAUGAAGAUCGAUCUGUAUGACGUGUCGACGGUGGACGAAGCGAUCCAGGAGCUGCUGAGGGUGCACCAGGCGGAGACGCGUCAGCCGCCGCUGUAUUACGGGCACCCGGAGUGCUACGAGCUCCGACUGCACGACUCGGACGGCAUUCCGGAUGAGGACUUCCCAGGUAAAGUGAGACGGGGUAAGCUUGUGCUGAUGCUCUUGACCGGUCUCGGAAGAUCAAAAACUUCGGUGAUGCGGGAGGCCACGAGUACUGUCUGUGAGCGACCGGAUGCGUGCCCGCCGUCGGGCGACGCACCUGCUGGUAUGCUGCAGCUUUUCCAUGAUGUCGCUGCACCUGCCGCAGCGGCGAAGCCGAGCGCUGCAGCCGCCAAGGCGCCACUGCCCAACGACAAGGCUUUCCUCAAAAUCUUCAUGCCGAAGAGCGACGACUACACUGUGGUGGCUAUCGACGGCACCACAGUCGGCCAAGAUCUGCUACCGACUCUUAACAAAAAGCACAGGCUUCAGCUCUUCCAGGAGCUUUAUGUGCUUAAGAUCAGCGAGGCAGACCGCGAACGUCUGGACCUCGCAAGUGAUGAGAUCGACAUGCACACCAAGCUGCGGCCGCUGAAUCUCCACGAGGUGACGCUAGCAACGAAAAUCUUCGCCGAUGCACCUCAGAUCUCUGCACCAGCGCCGUCAGCAGUGGAGGAGACCGCGAAUGUGGACAGUCGUUCCCGUCCUCCUCCAGAGACGUUUAUGUUCAACGAUGUUACUGCCGCAAUGUUCAAGGAGUGGCACGUUAUCAAGAAGAACAAGUAUGGUAAGAAGCAGCAGCGUAUGCUGGGCAUCGAUCUCAACAAGAUCUACAACCGCAAAGUGGGAGAGCGCGUCAUCACAUCGAGCAAGUCCACGAAGAUUGUACGUAUCUGUGUUAUUGUUGCAAGUUUACUGUGCGGCGGAGCGGCCUAUGUCUGGCGUGGUCUGGGUGCGGUUCAACCAAGACCCGUCCGAGUUCCAGAUCUACUUCAAGGACAGCAUCGAGGAGAUCAUCACAGACUACACACCAACUUUGCCGACGGCAAAUUGCCGGUUUCGGCACGGAAAUUGUUCCCGAAUUGCUUCGUGUAUGCUACCUAA